UUACUCUUGUAUAUAUUAUAUACUAUAUACCGCGCGCUUCACGCAGCUCGUACGCGCGAUAAAAUAACACCCUCCUUCUUACUUUACUAAUACAAAUUAGCCGACAAAUUACCUCUCUCUAUAUAUAUAUAACGCACACAUGUGUAUACAUGAACUUUCAAAUUGCGAAUCAACAGCCGAAGGCCGAAGAUAGACGCUCUAUAAGCAACUCUGAUCGUAUAUUGGCUGGCGAGUAUCGGCCAAGUGUUGCUUCGUCUAACCAGGUUCAAGCACAUCCCACAUAUCGGAAUGCUCAUAACAAUGCGCGUUACACACACAAAAAAAAAACGUCUAGCGGCAAUAAGAACCAGUACAGAGAUGGCCGGAAUUCAGACAAGCUAGAUAACAUCGUCCAGCAGAAUGUAGGGAACCGAUGGAAUCCACAAUCUCAAUAUUUGGUACGAAACGGCGAUUUUUUCUAUCGUGGCAAUUCAGCCUCCACCUCCAAUCAAGGUAAGCAAGCGAUGGUUAGAGCAAACAGACCACUCUACAAACAGCCGCCAAAAGGACAACUUGUACAAUAUGCUAAAGGCUCAACAGAUAACUCUCGGCCCAUCAUGUCAUCCAACUCUCGCAAUUCGAACCAGUCUUACAUACCCUCUAAAAACGGCCAGCUGGUAGCAUUAAGAGGCCCAAGACGCGUCGAUAGACCGGUAAUCGAGGAUGAUUCUCUCUAUUACUACAACGAAGACGCUAAAACCUUCACACAAAAUGCAUACAAUAGACAAAAUAAUAGCGGUGCAUUGGCUCCUUUAAAUCCUUUGAAUACCUCUAAUCGUCAGAAUUAUUACUCAGAUGGACCCACCGAUAAUUAUUCACAGUCAUUAUCCACCUCAUCCAACCCUUGGAUCACAACACAGGCUACAAGAGAGGUCCCUUACUUGACACACGAUACAGCCAAUUUUCUCAAGAAUAAAAAUAUUAUCGUCUGCAUUUCUAACUUCUCAAGUCAAGUCUCCACUGUAUCCGUGCUAAACACCCUGGGAGAGAGAACACAAUUCCAAUUCAAUCACUAUGGCGUCUUCGAAGACGAGCUGUGGAUUGAAGUUCAAACUCCGGCGGACGCGCUUGCCCUGAUGAAACUGAACGGACUCCAAUUUACGAGUUUGGGCAUACAGCCUGUUUCGAUUCGUCUCUGCUUUCUACGCUCUCGACUGCGUUUGCAUCCGGAAGCACUAAAAGAAGCGUUGAAUCAGCUUAUACCGCUCGGACCUCAGAUAGAAUCACUCGAUCUGACGAAAUGGGGCUUGAAAAAUUACUCGAGUGGUAUUUCUUUCUCUUUUCCUCCGUCUCUGUCUAGUUUAUGCGAAUGCAUUCUCAGUUAUGCCAUAAACAUUCAUACUCUGUCCCUCAGCGACAAUGCCAUAUCGUCUGCAUUCCCCCUGGAACCACUUGUCUUCUUGCAAAAUCUCCGUAUCCUAGAUUUGGGGGGCAACAUCAUCCGGACCAUUCACGAUAUUUCAAUUCUGUCUCAAUUUCCUAUGCUGCGAGAACUUAUUCUCGUGAACAAUCCAAUCAGCUUCGAACGCGAUUACAGAUUGCUCGUUCUUGAAUUAAUCCCGAAUUUGCUGGUACUGGACCAUGAACAGUUCCCCCUUCAAAUUUCCUUCGGUGACAUCGAACGAGAUAUGUCCUCCGAGCUGUUACCCGCCGACAACCCGUUUUUCUUCUCACAGGGCGAAAUAGAAGAACAUGUCAACUUGUUUAUCGAACUGCUCUUGUGCACCUUCGAUACCGACCGCAAAAAACUAACUGGCGCCUACCGCGCACGAGGAAGCUAUUUCUCUUGCAAGGUAUUUCGAGUCGAAGACAUAGGCAGAGCGCCUUGCAAAAACACCUAUGCCCAUGAUGCCUUCGAUAUCAUCCAGUGCAUUCUGGAAUUUCCAGCUUCCAAACACGAACCCCCAAAAAGAUGCGACUUUUUAUGGUUGCCAAAUAUGCAGCAGCAAGCCCUGCUUGUCAUCAGUGGCCACGUCACCUUCGCCGAAGAACGCUACAUUUAUCAGAGGUCGAUCACAUUGAUCCCAUACAAUAUAGAAGAAAGAUGGAAAUUCACCAUCAUCAACGACAUCCUUAUGCUCACACAAAUGGCCGAAAAAUACGAGGCAAUAGAAACACAAAAUUCUAUGGUUUACGACUAAAGAGACUCUUCUAUUAAAAAAAACUAGUCGUUAGCGUUACUCUCGUUAAUUUUUUACUACUUUCUCUUAGCACGGAUAUAUGGCCGCACCACAUCACCAAGCCACACAGCCAAAUCUUUCUUCUGUCAGAAACAAACACCCAACGGCUACAAGUAUUUCCCGCUUUGGAGCGACUUCAAGCCGCACCGCGAAUCCUCCAAGCAGCGCCCGCGGCUCUUAUCCAACCCACGCUUUUCCGGAGUCCGAGAAGCCAGCAUCUCUCUAUUAUUCUUCAGAUUCAAAAAAAAAACAUUGGAGAAACCCAGACAUUAAAACCAGGGCAGUACAACCAAAGACAGUCGCUCAUAGCACGCAGAAGCCUGCUACUGUCCCUCCCUGUCCGACUACGCGCCCUAUCCUUCACAGUAAUCGGAGCUAUAGUGAAAUUGUCAAGAACGAAAGUGCCUUGUUGCAGAAAGUCGAAUCCCUCUCUGAUGAAGUUGGGCGGCUGAAAGAGGUCUUGUCUAGCAAAGAGACAUGCAUCGAAAACUUCGAGAAGAAUUGUCAAUCUCUCUGCCAACAGCUUACCGAACUUGAACAAAUGUAUGAAAACAAACUCCAAUCUGCAGUCUCUCUCCAGUCAGAACGCUAUCAAUCCCUCAAUGUCCAAUAUCAGGCUCUUUUAGAUCACACAAAAAUUUACAGCUCGAAGCUAGAAAAACUGAAUGUCGACUUGCUCUCUCUUCAACCGUUUCAUUUUUCGUCGCAGCAAAAAACAAACUUACAAGCUUUGCGGAGCAAAUAUUCAAAGCUACUCUCUUGCCUUCAAAUAGAAGCUCAAAAAAUGCACCUAUUUCUCUCCACUCUCCAUCAGCAAUAUAUCAGUCAAUGUCCCAACUGUCAAGCUGGACGAGGCAGUCAAAUCGAGGUCCCCUCAGUCGAUGCGCUGAUCAAUGAGGCGCGUCUCCGUCUAGCACGAAACUGCUGAUUCGUUUUUUAACGUCUAUUUCACUUUGUGUCUUGUCACACAAUUUUUUAGCAUACAGUUGCCAAUUUUCUCUCGAAGGGUGUCUUCGAGCAUGUCUUUGGCGCGACUGGUCCUUCCUUCGCUCUUCUCUCUAUAGAGAGACUGGACCAAGGUAUUUCUCAUGUGGCACUCGGUCGCAGGUGUAUUGAGCAGGGCCUAAACGGCCGAGUACAAGCUGCGGCCUGUGACAAGUGCCAAGUUUUGUCGUUUGAAGGAUGUGACUUUUUGUUGAUAUGUAUUUUAUUACAGUUCUUUUUGACUGGAAUACAAGGAAUAAAAAAUUUCGAGGUAACCAAGAAGACGUGGUUGUUUUCUUUUCGUUCGUUGAGUGUCGAAGCGAUUUCAAUUUUGCACGUGGGCAGUCUGAGGUACUGGUUUCCCCCGGAGCGCUUUUGUGUGCGUGUUUAUACAAGAUGGCGAUUUUUAUCGAGGCAGAGCGGUCUCCCCUACGUUGAAUGGACUUGGUGAGAGGUGUUGAAGAAGUAGAAGUUGAUGAGCAGGGAAAUGACUGUGCUGAGUCCUAGCAAUAUAAUACCCUGGUAUAUGAAGGACUUAAACAGCUUGAUGUUCGAAUUUUCUACGGCAAUGGAAUCUUUUUGCGUGGCGGCGUUUGUUGUGUGUUGGAUAGGAGGGGUUUGCUUGAAUAUUUUUUCGGGCUGAAGUGCUUGUUCGGAUUUUUCGGAUUUUUGAGUGGUUCUGUGGGUACUUGUCACGUGUGCUUGGUCUUUCGCUGCAGAGGCUUCCUCUUUUGAAGGUGCGUCGUCAGUUCUAUGGGGGCUUUUCCGAAACGGGGCCGGAGUCGACUCACCUUGGCCGCCGUUGUUUGCAGGGGGUUUGGUUCGGUUGCGUUCGAGUGCUGAGUGGUUUCGGUUCAUCGCGUCAAUCGCCUCGAUCAUACGAUCCAGUUUUGAGAGCAGCAGGUUGGACGGCUCUGCGCUGCGAGCGAGGUUCGCACAGCCGAGCUCGUCGUUUACGGACAUGUUGUACAAGCGGGUGCUGCUGCCUCAC